GACGAUGAAGGCGAACGAGGUGUGGAACGCCGUUACGAAGGGUGAUAUGGAGAAGCUGCGCCAGCUAACCGAUGCGAAGCCACCGCGGCCCGAUUUCGGCAAACGGCUCGAUAACCAUCACUGGAACAUACUGCACCAUGCCGUCGUAAGUCGCAAUCUGGACUGUGUGAAGCUGGUGGUGGAUCAUUUUCAGCCGGAAACGGGCGUCCAGUGUUACGAGGGUCUUACACCGUUGGCUCGCGCCUGUGAGCAGUCCGUUUCGGCCGAGAUUGUUGGUUACCUGUUGCGUUUGGAUCGAGGUGUGGUGAAUACGGGAGACACGGAAAGCAUCACGCCGCUACACUACGCCGUAUCGAACGAUCGGCUGGAUUUGGUCGAGCUGCUUAUUGCACACGGAGCCGAUGUGAAUCUGAUUGACUAUGCGGACGAAACCGCACUCCAUACGGCCGCGUUCGAUACGGGCAAUAUUGAAAUUUUAAUCUAUUUGCUAUUUAUUGCCAAAGCCAAGUGGCAAUUUAUGCCGGAAGCGGAUGAUUUUAACGGAAUCGAUAUAUUUAGUGCCCGGGGUCCGUGUUCGGCCCGCAACAAGGUCGCCUGCUUUAAGAUACUCUACAACUACGAGCAUCCGGACCAUAUGUACCGGCAGCGGUACCAGGUCAACGACAUCCUAAAGCCGGCCCUGCUCAGCUAUCGCUCCCAGUCCUCUCUGAUCCCGUAUUUCAUCGAAACGGAACUGAAAUGGGAAAAGCAGGCCCGUGUUCGCUCGCUGUACGAAAGACUGAUUCCCGACUACGAGCUGCUGGCGAUGGUGGUGCUGUGCGAGUGUGGCCCGGUAACGGCGGAACGGGACGAGCUCGAAUACAUUUGGCCGCUGGUAUGCUGUGUUCCGCUGCUAACUGCCGACCUGGUGCGGUUGCUAACAUUCUUCAUCCAGGGCGGCGAUACGACCCGAUCGGCCGAAGCGAUAUCUGCGCUGUUGAUGGAUUUUGUAGAUUUUGCUAAAUGCUCGCUAAAAACGAUGAAACAAACCGUACGCAACGUUAUGCCAACGGUGCUGCAGGAACUGUACGCGCUGGAAACCGUUAAGCUCAACUCGGUACUGUACGACCAGUACCGGAAGGCCGUCGAGUGUAUGGCACUCAUGUACGGCAACGAUAUGGAUGCACUCGUUAAACAUUUACUCACCGAUCUUGGUCCCGCGAAGGUGGACAUAAUUUUUCCCUGUCUCAAGUAUUGUUCGUACGGCUUUCUGGCACGCCGGGUAAGCGAUGUAAUGGCCAAACAACCGCUCUACCAGUGGCUGCUCCAUCGAUUCGGUACAUGGAAAGUGAUAAACAGUAUUUUAGCUAAACCUCAGCUGGAGCUGUUCACACUCAAACGGUUGGCACGCGAUACCGUCCGUGCAACGGUAUGGCGUUACAUGAACCGCCUGGCGCCGGACAAAGUGUACAUCCUGAACCGGCGGCUCCAAUCGCUCGAUAUACCGAAUGAAAUGAAACUUUAUCUCGUCUAUAGCGACAACUCGUCGAUGCUGUACUUCAUGUAGAAUGCGUAAAUUGGCAAAUUUGGCAUUUUUGCAUCAUUAUCACUGCAUGUAAUUCACGGUACCGUGUAUAUGUGUGUUUGGCUGUG